AAAUUGUUCAGGGGAAUCCUGUCAAUAUUAUUGGAGGGGCUGAUGGAAUGAGUGAACUUAUUUGAAUUGAGGAAAUAGAAUUGGUGGAAAGAUGGAGAGGAUUUUGACAAUGGUGGAGGCGGGGAAUCAAGUGGGAAGCGAGUCGUUGAUCAGUACUAUCAAGAUUGCAGUACUUCCCAUAGCUAAAGUUUUUACAGUUUGUUCUUUGGGUCUUCUUAUGGCUUCCAAGUAUGUCAACAUCUUGCCGGCUGAUGGAAGGAAGCUCUUGAAUGGGCUGGUUUUCUCGCUUUUGCUGCCGUGUUUGAUUUUCUCCCAACUCGGACAAGCAGUCACCUUGGAGAAAAUGCUCGAGUGGUGGUUUAUCCCUAUGAAUGUGGUGCUUGGUAGCAUAUCAGGCUCAAUCAUAGGUUAUAUAACCGCGUCCGUCGUCCGUCCACCUUACCCGUUCUUCAAGUUAACAGUUGUACAAAUUGGAAUUGGAAACAUUGGGAAUGUGCCACUUGUCCUGAUUGCUGCUUUAUGUAGAGACUCAUCCAACCCUUUUGGUGACUCGACAACAUGUAGCACAAAUGGAAUUGCCUAUAUUUCGUUUGGCCAGUGGGUUGGCGCAAUCAUCCUUUACACAUAUGUCUUUAAUAUGCUGGCUCCUCCUCCAGAGGGUACCUUUGACAUUGAUGAGGAAACUCUUCCAAUCAAGAACCCUAGCGAUGGAGACACAACUGGACAAGUUCCUUUGCUUACACAUGAGGAACAAGAAGUAGAGGUAGAGCAAAAACAUGAAGAAGUUGUAGAAAUCAACCCAACUUCUUCAAAGAAAUCUAAGAUUACAGAGUUCUUGCUUUUUCUCUAUGAGAAGUUAAAGCUCAACCAACUUCUUCAGCCCCCUAUAAUAGCUUCUGUCCUAGCCAUGGUACUUGGAGCAAUACCAUUCUUAAAGAAACAGAUCUUCGAAUCUGGUGGUCCGUUUUUCUUCUUCACUGAUAGUUGCACUAUCCUUGGGGAAGCUAUGAUUCCAUGCAUUCUUUUGGCAUUAGGCGGCAACCUUAUUAAUGGUCCUGGGAGUUCCAAACUUGGUUUUCGGACAACUGCUGCAAUUGUAUUUUCACGGUUGGUCUUGGUCCCCCCGGCAGGACUUGGGAUUGUAAUGUUGGCUGAUAAGCUCGGUUUCCUACCUGAGGGUGAUAAGAUGUUUCGUUUUGUUCUACUGCUCCAGCACACAAUGCCAUCGUCUGUUCUGGCUGGUGCUGUUGCAAAUUUAAGAGGCUGCGGAAGGGAGGCCGCUGCUGUCUUGUUCUGGGUUCAUAUAUUUGCGGUGUUCUCCAUGACUGGGUGGAUUAUUUUGUACCUCAACAUACUCUUUUAGAAACAUCCAAAGUCGGAAGUAGUUGCUGGCACCACACUUGCUCAUCUCUCUCUGCCUUCUACUAUUAAAUUUUUUGGCCUAUCAAUGUUAAUAGCUAAUAGAACAAGUUAAGCUUGGAAAUUCAUUCUUGUAAUGAAAAAGAGGUGUCAAACUGAAGAGGAGCGCACGGUGAUUGGUGUUGUGGGCAGCUGCCUUUGCAUCCAAGAAUAUAUAGGUUUGUAGAAGGUCAGUUGUCAUCUUCAUUAGGAGGUGGGCCGAGGUGCAUGUAAAUGUAUACCACCGCCAAAGAUCAACAGGGUGUUACUGUUAGCUACAUUACUCCCUGCUUUAGUUGUAAAGUGGAAGCAAUUAUUUAUUUAUAAUCUAAAUAGGAGGUCCCCUGCCCCUUCUUCCUCGUA